GAAGAAGAGGAUGAGGAUGAAGAUGAUGAUGAUGAAGAAGAAGAAGAGGAUGAAGAAGAAGAAGAAGAGGAUGAAGAAGAGGAUGAGGAUGAAGAAGAAGAGGAUGAGGAUGAAGAAGAAGAAGAAGAGGAUGAAGAAGAGGAUGCGGAUGAAGAAGAAGAGGAUGAGGAUGAAGAAGAAGAAGAAGAGGAUGAGGAUGAAGAAGAAGAGGGUGAGGAUGAAGAAGAGGAUGAGGAUGAAGAAGAAGAAGAAGAGGAUGAGGGUGAGGAAGAAGAAGAGGAUAAGAAUGAAGAAGAAGAGGAUGAAGAAGAAGAAGAGGAUGAGGAUGAUGAAGAAGAAGAGGAUGAGGAUGAGGAAGAAGAAGAAGAGGAUGAGGAUGAUGAGGAAGAAGAAGAGGAUGAGGAAGAAGAAGAAGAAGAGGAGGAUGAGGACGAAGAAGAAGAAGAGGAUGAGGAUGAAGACGAAGAAGAGGAUGAGGAUGAAGAAGAAAAGGAUGAGGAUGAAGAAGAGGAUGAGGAUGAAGAUGAUGAAGAAGAAGAGGAUGAGGAUGAUGAAGAAGAGGAUGAGGAUGAAGAAGAAGAAGAAGAAG